GAGCGACCAACAUGGCGGAUUAAGUUUUUUGAAAAGAAAAAUAAUUUCCAAGAAAAACACACAUUAGGAGUUGUUGAGUAUUAUGACGAAGAAGAAUGAAUAAUAUGGAUGAAGUAAAAUUGGAGCCCAUUUUGACGAGACCCCGUCGACAAAUGAGUGAUUCUAAGCAGAAAAAAUGGAACAAAAGUGGGCGUGGUAAAAUUGAGCAUCCACAACUUGUGAAAGCUGCAUUGCCAAGAAAGAAAACGUCCAUUGUGACGGUUGAUACGUCAAAAGCAAAAUCUAAUCUGGAUGUUGUUAGAUCUUGCCUUCGUGAACUCGGAUGGAGAGAGUAUCCAUUUGGUCGCCGUGAUUUUCCAUGUGAUAUCUACUGGAACACUGCAACCUAUCAAGACAGUGGAGAUGUGUGUUCGGGUAAAGUUAAUAAGUUUCCAGGUAUGUCUGAGUUGUUGAAUAAGAUUAAUCUGACAAGGGCUUUAGAUUUACUUACUCAACUUGUCCCUGAGGAAUUUGACUUUUAUCCAGAGACUUGGUUUUUACCACAGCAAUACUUUCAGUUUAGUGCAACAGUGAAAUCCAGAAUGGAAAAAGAUCCUAAAUAUAGUCCAACAUUUAUUGUUAAACCUGAUGAAGGAUCUCAGGGGGAGGGAAUCUACUUGAUUAAAGAUCCUGUUGACUAUGUUAUGAAUCAACGGAAUCAUGUCGUCCAGGAAUAUUUAUCAAAACCCCUGUUGAUUGAACGAAUGAAAUUUGAUCUACGGGUGUAUGUAGUAUUAGCAUCAAUUGAACCUUUGGAAAUAUAUAUCUGCAAAGAUGGAUUGGCACGAUUUUGCACUGUACCAUACUCAAAACCAACUUGGAAGAAUCUCGAUGAACAUUACAUGCAUCUUACAAAUUAUUCACUCAAUAAACACAGCUCAACUUAUGUACAUACAGACAGUGAGGACAAUGGGAGUAAAAGAUCUUUAACGAGUGUAUUAAGACAAUUGGAAGACUCAGGAUAUAACGUAACACAUCUCUGUACAGAAAUUGAGAGGCUUAUUAUUAAGACUACACUCGCUAUUGCUCCUGAGUUGAAGAUACAUUACCGUGCUGCUGUACCCAUUGGAAAAGCAGGGCCUACAUGUUUUCAGAUCUUGGGCUUUGAUAUCCUACUGUUAGAAGACCUUAAACCAAUCUUACUUGAGGUGAACUCUGGUCCAAGUCUACGCAUUGAUUACGAGCAAGAAGUGGCCAGCGGUGUUUAUGAGCGUGUUAUCAGUGCAAUUGAUGAUGAGAUCAAACAUCCAUUAGUCCGUGACACACUCUUGCUUAUUGCUCCUAAAAAUAAAUUAAAGAAAAGGGUGAAGAGGGACGCAAACUCCAUUGAAACUUUAGAAUCUCCUAUUGAAGAUGAUCAAGAAAUCCAGAAAUAUCCUGAAGAGUCAUGUUUGGAACAGAUCUUCCCUGCCAAAUACGGGCCGGAAUACAACUGGUUACGGAUUCUAGAGCGCGUUUCAGCAAUUUAUCAACUCUGCUUGGGAGUUAAAGGCACAGUCAGCUGUAAAAUGGGGCUCACUGGAUUUAGGGCUUUCACCAGGAGGUGUAAGCUGACAUCACAAACUGAAUUGAGUACAGCUGAAAUUGACAUCUUGUACAUUGAGUUGAUGAAGAAAUGGGACAUGUCUCCUGAUAAGGAUAGAAACCUCACUCAAGGUCUUUGUUAUCAAGGUUUUAUGGAGGGAUUCCUGCAAAUUGCACAUAAGAAAUUUCCAUCAUCCAACAAACUUGACACGGUAGAACAAUUAAUUGAUUACUGUGAAUCAAAUUUGGAACUUCAUAAUUACCGCCUUGGCUCAUCCAUCCUUCCAAGGGUGCCCUUAACGAAAGCAGAGCGCAGAAUGGACGAAUUAAAAAACAUUUAUGGUAAUGUUCCAAGUAGUUUAAAACGACCAGAAUAUUUCUUGGAUUAUCAAAGUUUUCCUGUAGAGAGUCUAAGGAAUCACAGAAAACAUAAGUCAAGAACUGGUAGGAGUAACCAUGGUAACUCGGAAAAAGCAAAGGAGGGUUUCUCUGAUUCAGAUGAUCAUGAACCUCAUUGAUGCAGUGGUGACAUAUUGUUAUAGUC